UGAAACGUGCGUCUGUUGAAAACGGUCUCGUCUGGGCCCAUCAUAUAGUCAGUUCCAUUUACUCGUUGUGGUUCAUGCUACUGCCUUCCUAUCUGGCUUCAAUCUACGCAUCUACGGUUGAACCGUGUUCCAUGAGCAAUCCAGAUCGACCACUGAAUGCAUUAAACGACGCCCUAUCUCAGGCUGUGUUACUUGCUUUCCGUUUGCGUAAUCAUCGUAUGACCUGUCAUGAUCAGGUCAUGAUGCGCAUCGUCCUUGUCCUGGUCUAUCAGCAUCGACCGAGUGAUAUUGACCUCUCUGCACUGUUGAAUCCGAAGCUGUGGAACUCGUCAUCGACAGCCUUGGUGAAUCUGAUUUUCAAAACAUUUGAAAAAGAAUGUCAAGAAAAAGAGCGUCUGCAAAUGGAGCGAACACAUCAUCUGGCUGUGCAUGGUCACCGACGUUCGGCCUCGUUGACACACGAGCCUCCUGAGUCGAAGCAUAAUCAAGUGCAGGGUAAUGCCACGGAUUCUGCGGAUCGUGGAGAGGGUUGUGUUGGUGAAUCCAGUCUGGUGCUAACGCAUCGUCGUUCAAGUUCGACCACUGCCACCUCAUUGGCUUCACCAGUGUCAAAUUCACUUGCACAGAACAAAAGUGAAACGGAUUCCGGUUUGUUGGUUAGCACAGUCGGUGAUGAUUCAACUUUGGACGAGAAUGGUGAACAGUCGAAUGAUCCUAUCCUGUCAACUUUGGCUGAUUACCAAGAGAAUAACUUGGGAGAGACAUUGGCCAAACAAAUGGAGCGGAUGAGUGUGACAGGCAAGAAGGCACCACUGGCCUCUGUGAACGAACUGGAUUUGGGCUAUUCCACUCUUCAUCGUCCGGAAACUGUGGAUUUGCGUUCCUCCUUGACGUCCACCCUGCGCGCCACUGACUUAACACCCUCUCCCGGUUUUGGUGAAUGUUUGGCUUUCGGUGCGGAUAAUCCGACCCGGUCGUGUCUGAGUGAGUACAUUUUACGCCAUCAUCAUAACAGAGUAUGCAGUCUCCCUUAA